AUGAUACUACGAUCACGAAGCGCAUUGCGCAGCUUCGAGCAGGCUCAAGCAGCUACUUCACUGCUACCAGACUUCCUCGUACCUGCCUUAGCGACUCCAAAGGGUCACCGCCCCUUUUCAAGCACUUGUCCAUUCAGCUCUCGAGUCGGUGGUGAGCCGUUGUCACUGCCAGAAGAAGUGAAUCUUCGGAUCAUACAGCCACCAGCUACUACGAAGAUCCUGACUAGACGUGCUGCGCCGAUGACGAUGGUGGAAAUAGAAGGCCCAUUAGGCAAAGCGUCCCAUCCAUUGAAACCCUAUAUGACCUUGAACAUUGACGAGGCAAAACGAAGAGCUUUAUUGAAGAUCGCGGAUCGUACUGAGCGAAAGCAGAGGGAGAUGUGGGGUUUGUGGACCCAGCCUGUUCGUUGGUCACUCCAGUUGAUUGGUCUAGGCACAACACGAUCAUAUAUCCAAAACUACAUCUUGGGCGUCUCAGAAGGUCAUGCUGCUGUCUUGCGCCUUGUGGGCGUUGGCUACCGUGCGACGAUGGAAUCGGUUGAAUCCUCAGCCGUCACGAUCAAGCCUGAAUACCCGGGUCAACAAUUCGUCUCGCUGAAGGUCGGCUUCAACCAUCCUAUUGAGCUGCCAGUACCUUUAGGAAUGAAAGCUACUGUGCCACAGCCUACAAGGAUAUUGCUUGAGGGGUGCGAUAAAGAAGUGGUCAAUGAGUUUGCGGCUAAGAUUAGGAGGUGGAGAGUGCCGGAACCGUAUAAGGGCAAAGGCAUAUUUGUUAAUGGGGAGACCAUAAAGCUGAAGGCUAAGAAGAUCAAAUAG